AUGAAUCAACUAAAGGAGAUCAACAGAGACUGUUAUGACAAGUUGUUUGCUUUGGAUCCAAAAUUAUGGACCAAGAGUCACUUCACAUUUCUGGCCAAGAGUGACAUGCUGAUGAACAACAUCUCAGAGGCAUUCAAUGGAAGAAUCCUAGAAGCAAGAGACAAGCCAAUUCUGACUAUGUUUGAAUGGAUUAGGUGUUACUUGAUGACAAGGUUUGCAGAGAAAAAAAAGAAGGCAGAGAGGUAUGAGGGCUCUGUUUUGCCAAAACCCAAGAAAAGGCUAGAUAUCAUUGCGGUUAGAGCUAUGGAGUGGCAAGCUAAAUGGGCUGGAGACCUGAAGUUUGAAGUGAACCAUAAGAACAGGAUGAUCAUGGAAAGGUUUGUGGUUGUUUUGAUGGCUGGAAGGUGUAGUUCUCCUGAAUGCACACAAGGAUAUGAUGCUGCAACUGGAAUUGGAGGAGUUGAUGCUGCUGCUAAUCUACCUGGUGCUGCUGUUGAAGCAAGUGGAUCUGCAGCUGCUCCUACUGCUAGAUCCAGGAUGGUUAGAGGGAGAGGCAGAGGAAGAGCAGUAGUAGGGAUGGGCAGAGGAAGGGGUAGAGGGAGGGCUGCACCCAUGACUGCACCAGCAUCAAGGCCUUCAAACACCCCAGCACCACCAUCACAGCCUCCGCACAUCCCUGUACCACCAUCACAGCCUCCACAUACCCCUGCACCACCAUCACAGUCUCCACACACCCCUGCACCACCAUCACAGCCUCCACACUCCCCUGCACCACCAUCACAGCCUCCACAAACCCCUGCACCACCAUCACAGCCGGCCACCUUUCCCACACCAGCAUCACUGCCCACCACCUUGCCUACCAGCAUCACUGCCCACUGCACCAGCAUCUCAACCUUUGCCCAAAACCAAAAUCUUUGGUGUGAGAAGAAGUGGAAGACUGAAGAUUGGAGUUAG